AUGCCGCAGAGCGCACAAUCAGAGGAAGGACGCAUCACCGUUUGUGUGCGAGCUCGUCCACUCAAUGAGCGUGAAAAACGUUUAAAAUCCCCGUCAUGUCUGACGUUUCAUGAGGGGAAAAAAGUGCAAAUUUUCAGGAAAGGUUUCGCCGCGGAUGGUGUAGAGGGGCUGGAUGAGUCUUUCGUGGGGAAGGUGUUUGCCUUUGAUCAUGCCUAUGACACUGACGUGCCACAGUCCUCUCUGUAUGAGGACUUGGGGUUGCCCGUGCUGGAUUCCAGUUUCAAAGGGUUUAACACCUGCAUCUUUGCGUAUGGUCAGACGGGAAGCGGGAAGAGUUACUCUAUGAUGGGUCCUUCUGGCGGCCGUGACGUGUUUGUGGACCCAGGUAUCAUUCCACGUUUGUCAAAAGGACUCUUUGCCAUGCUGCGGGAACGGCAGGCGAAGAAUCAGAGCGAUCGUGAGGCAGCACGUGCGAAUGCCGUGGAAGAACAUGCCCUUCCACCUGAGGUAAACGUCAUCGUUUUGGUGAGUUAUUUGGAGAUCUAUCAAGAACGUGUGAAUUGUCUACUGAACAGCAAACUUGAUAAUCUCAAAGUUCGCGAGCACCCCGUGCUUGGUGUAUACGUGGAGGGACUCAGGGAAGUGAAGGUGUCCUCGGAGGAGGAGAUUAUGCAGAUCAUGGAAAGAGGCAAUCAAUGUCGUCACACAGCCGCAACGAAGAUGAAUGAUCGUUCCAGCAGGUCUCACGCCAUCUUUGCCAUUUCACUCAUUCAAGAGCGAAAGAGCAUCACAAAGGACGGCAAGGUGACGUCAACAAUGCUUCGGGCCAAAAUUAAUCUGGUGGACCUUGCGGGCAGUGAGCGGGCAAAGUCGACGGGGGCGGAAGGCGACACACUCCGGGAGGGGGCCAAUAUUAACAGGUCCCUGACAGUCCUCGGUCAAGUGAUCAGUGCUCUCGCACAAGCAAGCAAACAAAAGCCGGACGCGGCAGGCUUGAAGCAUGUGCCAUAUCGGGAUUCUACACUCACCUUCAUUUUAAAAGAGUCUCUUGGUGGUAACAGCAAAACAUUUAUGCUGUCGACUCUUAGUCCUGCGGCGGCAAAUUACGAUGAGACAUUGAGUACGCUGCGAUACGCUGACCGUGCCAAGGCCAUUUUGACUCGAGCGGUCAUUAAUGAAUCGGCAGGGGAUAAGAAAAUACGCGAAUUAGAGGAUGAGGUUCGUCUGCUACGAGAGAAAAUGCGACACUAUGAGGAAAUGAUUGCACGUGGGGAAGUGAUGAGUCAAAUGUCCAUCAGUGGCUCCCCACAGUUGCGAGAUAAAAUUGGUAAAGAUGGGGAAUCAAAGGCCAUUGUCGAAGAUGAUAUGGUCUACGCCAACGCCAAGACACCGAGGCAGGCGGGAGAUGCGGCGGUAUUGGAAAGAGAAUUACAUCGCGCAGAGAGUUUAGUUCAAAACCUUGUAGCCAAUAAGGGGAUUUCCCUGGAAUCUUUCAUUAUGCCUGCUUUUCAUCGGAAUACGUCUACAAUCAGAGUGAACGGUAAUGAUCCUUUUAUUCUUAAUCUGGAUGGAGCCGGGGAUUGGGUAGUUGAGUACAUUGUCGCUGGUAUUACAUAUUUGGGAGUUGAGGCAUCUGCGACUGGUAAUGAUGCGCGUUAUAUUGUGGUGAGUGGGAGUCAGACAGCUGGUAUUGCCCCACAACAUUGUUGUUUUGUGCGAAAAGAUGGUGGCCAAGUGUUGCUUCGGCCGCUGGGUGGCAAUCGGACCUACAUUGACGAUGAUCCAGACCCCGUAGAUGGGGAUACUCCCAUGAAGAGUGGGACUGUGCUUUGCCUGGGCGAUGAAUACGUGCAGUUUAAAUUUAUUGAUCCUUCUGCACCACAGUCGGCGGUGCGGCGUCGUACUGUGCGAAAUUCGGAAAGUAUUCCAAUGCAAUCAUUGAGUAUUGACGCCAAGUCAUCUUCCUCAAACAGCAACCAUAGCUUGAAGUCAUCUCCACUCCUUAUUGGUGCUGGUAGUGGGAAUGCUGGCCAUCCGCCUGUACCGGCCCUAAAACUGAAGGAGGCACUGCAACGCAUGCAAUCGAACAGUGCACGUACGAAGAAGGCGCAUCGGGACCCCAUGACCCCAACGGGGAGCUCUUUGACGAGUGCCCCACACGGUAUUUCUGUGGUGGGCAUCACCCCACGGACGACACGGACGGCCGGGAAGGUAGUUAUUUCCCCAAGCGAUGAACUUACGGUUAUUUAUCGUCAUACAUUUCUUUUUCUUGGUGCCUGCAAUUCUGGGAAGAGCGCCCUGCGUGAAAACUUGCAAAAACCCGACAGGUGGUAUUCGAUGUUCGCGAAUGACAAACUGCAUGUGCGACCAACUUUUGGCGUGGAUUCCUCCUUGAUUGAGACUUUCGCGGGAAAUCAGCCUGUGCAGAUGAAUUUGAUGGAGUUGAGUGGCAAUCGUUGUUUUUCUUUUUUUGAGAGCCUUUUACCCACGCGGCAUGUUUCAUAUGUCCUGUGUUUCUCGCUUAGGGAGUUGCCCACAUUGGAGACGCUGCAACCUCUACUGGAGUUUAUUCUCUGUCGAACCUUUAAUAGAGAUGCGACAGUGAUUCUCAUUGGGACGCACCUGGACGAAAUCUCUCUUGAUGAGAUCAAGUUAGCUCAUUUAUUUGCCAUUAUAGAGACGGAGAUCAAUAAUUAUUUUUUCCUUGUACAGGCCAUUCCAGAGAAACGUCCUUCUAUACUGGGCCGCUUUGCAGUUGAUAACGUUGGCCGUGUUGUAGUUUCUCCUGGAUUUUCUAAGUUCAAAAAGUUUCCGGAGCUUUUGUGUUGGUUUAGCGAUCAGGCUCUGCAGCGCUGCCGCAACGAUGUGGAAUUUCCAAAUGCCCAGGUACCCUUGCGGGCGGUGGCUCUUUCAAAGAAGAUUCGUGAGAUAAAUCGGGAAGGCCAAUGGUACCUCACAUCGGCAAACUAUAAGGCCAUUGCGAAGGCUGUGGAUGCACGCUAUGGUUUGAGCAGACAUGAUUUGCAUCGCCAUACACAGCUUCUGGUGGGAUGGGGAGUUUUGCAUCAUCACUUCAGGCACCUUACAAUGAAGAAGUAUGUAGUGAUAGAUGUUCAAUGGGUUUUCCGCGUGGUGGCCGUAUUGGCCUGUUGUAUGUAUUCACGUGGUUAUGGCACGGAGAACAAUUCCUUGUUGCAGCCUGUUCCUUUGUUGUUUUGCCGGAAGACAAUGGAAGACAUGCAAAAUGUGAUUCCUUUUGACGUUAAAACAGUUAUGGCCUCUGAUCUGUGCUGUGUUUUCAACCAAGGUGUUGUCUCUAUGAAGACAGCCAUGUCCCUUUUUCGCGGUGUUCUCGGCGAGAAAGGCUUGGAUUCUUGUCAUCUUACCGGUAUUUUGGAGCUUUUGCGAAGUUAUGACCUUAUUAUUAUGGGAAGCCGCCUGAAGUUCUCUUCCUUCAUGGGUGAGCUGCGCGAGAAUAAAUCCCAUGGGAUGAUGGACACUAGUGUGCUUCACGGGAAUCAUCCUGUGGAGAAUGAUGAUGAUGAAGAGGAGGAAGAGGAGGAGGAGGAAGAAGAAGAAGAAACAGCAGGGGCAUCCGUUUUAUCGUCAGAGUUUUUUAUGCUCAUUCCUGCCUGCUUUACGUGUCAACCUCCAUCGGCGUUUAAUUUGCAUCUGCCCUCUUUCCUUUUCGGCCCCUUCUACCGCUUCACGCUCAACAUUGUUCCGCACAAUUUUUUUGCACGGGUCAUGAGUCGCGUGGCGCACUUUGCGGAAAAAAUAUAUCUCGGCCCUGUCAGUGCCCGUCUGGUUCUGGUGGAGAAUCUUGUGAGUGAUGAUUGCAGCAACAUUACAAUCCGCGGCAGCAUCUGUCAUGCCUUUGGAGAUCAUGACUCCAGGAAUGUUAGCGUUGGCACCAUGGAAGGACGCAGAGCCGGCAAAUCACAGGAAAAGACGUCUAUGGUUGGCAAGAGCCACUUUUGGGGGUCCACGGCGUGGGUGAUCAGCUCGGCUAGAAGCCGUGCGCUUAUUCGCAUGGUGCACCACUCCCUCCUCAUCACAUUCCACGACCUUGAUGACGACGAGGAGUUUUACAAUGGCUUGCGCCACGUCGUGCGCAACCUCGUCUACGAGAGUCCUGGUGUCAAGUGCGAGGAAAGCAUUUUGUGCUCCCGGGAUUUUAUGGAAGAGGGGGAGAAGGCGAGUGAGGUUCAUGGCGACAAGGUGUAUUGGCAUGAUGUUGACGAGAAUCUUAACUCGCUGGAGAAAAUAAGACAACGCGAGCAAUUUGCAUUAAUGACGGCGCGUAGCAGCACCUCCCGCACACUUUCUGGUGGUGCUGAGGGGAGAAGUAACAUUGACGCAUUGAUGGAAGAAGAGGACGACAACAUGGUUAUACCGUUUGUACGAAACCGCACAGAGUGCGUUGAUGUGGAAGCAUCUGUGCGUCGCGUCUGCGAGGACUCCUUGUUGACUGACGAUGUGCUGCACGGGGUGAGGGAGGCGCUGCAUGCGAUGAACAAAGCGCGGCGACGUGGCAGCGGUGCGGGGCAGUGUCGGGCGAUGGACCGUCUUGUAGACGUGCUGGCACAGGCGUAA